CGGAUGAUCCGGCGGCGGCGCGCGGGGGAACGGCGGCGGGGGCGGACACCGCAUGGAGAGAAAAAAAUGAAAGGCAAAGCAUGUGCAGAUGGUUUUCAAGUCCAGGAUUUUGCCAAGAAGAAGAAAAAGAAGAAGAGGAAACACAAUGAGUACAACAAUGAACAUGAAAAUGAUGAAAUUGUGGAAAAUGCAGAGCUUCGCUGUGCUUCCCCGCUGCUGUUUGACAAUCCAGCAGCAAAGGCUGGGGAGGCCAGGAAAAAGAAGAAAAAACUAAAGAAAGAGGAUAAGGAACAGCAGGUUUUGAUCGAUAAUUACUUUGUCAGUCUGGAACGUGAAGUUAGUAAUGGAACUGGAGGGGCUUCUUCCCCAUUGCUGUCUGAAGAUGAAGCAGCAAAGAGUGGGGAGGGCAAGAAAAAGAARAAACUAAAGCAGCAGGGUGAGAAGCAGCAGGUUUUGAUAGAUAAUUUCUGUGUAAAUCUGGAACAUGAAGUUAGUAAUGGGCCUGGAGGGGCUGCUGCCCCAAAGAAGAAGAGGAAGCAGAAGGGUAACGAGAGCACUGACGAGCACAGCGAUGUCGCUUGUGUCCCUGUGAACCAGCACAUCAGCCAGGACUGCCAGGAGACUGAUGCUGAUUAUGUUUAUUUUAAAAAACCUAAAAAGAAAAAGAAACAGAAGCUGCCCGAAGCGGAUGAGGUGCRUGAGCUGCCUCCCUCUGAGAAACACAGCAAGGGCAAAGAGAAAUCCAAAAAGAAGGGGAAGAAGAGGAGAGAGAGCAGUGCCCAGGACGUGCAGGARGACACUGAGGGAGCAGCUGAGCAGGCACUGUUGUCAUCCCCAGAGCAGAGCAGGAGGCACAGGGCAUGUCCUUCACCUGCAGAUGAGGAUGGUGACUGUGAUGCUGCUUCUACCAUCAGUGAGGUCUCCAUGGAGGUCCCUGCUGAUUUUUCUACACCCAAUAAUGCAGCUGGUCGAGCUAAAAAGACUCCAACAUAUGCUAGAAAGGCAACUAAAAGCAGCGCUUUUGUCAUGGAAGAAAGCUCUUCGGACUCUGAUGUGAUGACACCAGACCCCUUGGAAUCAAAUAAAAAGAAUCAGCAGAAUCAGCAGAACAGUUCCUUUGCUGAAUUGGCAGCCUCUGAUGAGCUCAGUCUGGAUGAUGAAGAGAGCCUGUACCCUGCCAUGACUUCAAUCAUUGAUUUGGAUACUGCAAGACAGGAACUGGAAGAGUUUAUUCCUCACGUGAGRAAUAUAUCAGACAGUUCAAUCAAGAAGAUGGCUGGAAGAGACCUAAUGAGGUUUAAAGAGUUUAAGAAACAAGGUAUGGCUGUCAAGUUUGGCAGAUUUACCCACAAGGAAAAUAUACAAAUCCAGAAAAAUGUCGACGAGUUCUUAGCACUCACUGGAAUAGACAGUGCUGAAAAACUUCUGUUUACCUCGAGAUAUCCAGAAGAUAAAGACACCAUCCAUCGUCUGAAAACAGAACAUCAUUUUUGUGAAAAAAUCUCUGAGGGCAUACCCCGACCCUGGAGACUGAUAUAUUACCGAGCAAGGAAGAUGUUUGACCCAAAUAAUUAUAAAGGAAGGUAUACUGCRGAAGAAAAAGAACAAUUAAAGAAGUAUCAAGCUUUGCAUGGCAAUGAUUGGAAGAAGAUUUCUGAGUUGAUGUCCCGUUCUAACCUUUCAGUUGCUAUGAAAUUCUCUGAAAUCAAGUCAGCUAUUAAUUACGGUCCUUGGACAAAGGAGGAGACCCAGAGGUUAAUGAGUGCAAUAAAGGAGGUGAUGAAGAGAAAACUGAAAGCAGAAAAUACAAGUUCCCUUUCCUCACUGGACCAGUCAAGCAUGGAUCUGUGGAUUGACCGUGAGAAGCUGUACCAGCAAUUACCAUGGACUGAGAUUGAAACCAAAGUGGGAAGUCGAUAUUGGAGGCAAUGCAAACAGAAAUGGAAUUCAAUUUUAACGAGCAAGAUGAGCAGAGGACAGCCGUUAUAUAGAGGGACCAGUGGAUUACAGGCCAAGAUCAAUCUUAUUAAAAGGUUGUAUGAAACAAAAGCAGAGGAUACCAGUGAAGUAAACUGGGAUGAACUCAGUAAUGCUAUUGGAGAUGUCCCUGGAGCCUAUGUUCAAACAAAAUUUUACAGACUGAAAGUCUCCUGUGUCCCUUUAUGGCGAAGAAAGACUUUUCCUGAAGUUGUUGAGUAUCUGUAUGAAAAGAAGCUCCCAGAACUUGAAGAAAAGUUAAAAAAGCAGGAGGGGAAACACCGUAGUUUUGGCAAUUCAACAGCCAGUCAGCUGCAGAAGGCUUUCCGACUCAGUGACAUUUUUGAUUCCAGUGAAGACAGUGAUUAAUUGAAUCUCCUAAAAGCAGUGCCUAAUUUGCAUAUUUAACUGCAAAUGGGUCUGGUUGAAAGCGGGUGCAGCUCACCAACUAAAGGYACCCGGGCUGUUGAGUAAUGGGAGAAGUCAGGAUAGGCACCUCUGAUUGUAUUGUUUCAUAUUGAAGUCUAAGUUAAACAGA